GAGGUGAUGAAAAUUUUAGUUGUCUCCAAUGCAUCGCACACUGGAGGUCAAAAUGAAAUCUUUGCCAUUAGCUGUGCUUGGCGUGACACUUGUUAUUGCACUGGUCCAGGCGUCGAACAGCAACUCGUUUGAUCUAAUCAUUGGCUGCAGCCAGUACAACAGUGUGGUCCAAUAUCAUGGUGCGAUUAAAUACUUUCCCACGGAAAGCAUGCAAAACGUCCGCAACACAGGCUACUCGAAGAUCUUCAAAAUCGCAAUACUUGGCCCAAGUGAUGGACACAUACGGUUUGGCCAAUCGGUAUUUCCUACCGAUAGCGAUGGUAUAGAGAUUGUACUUGGAGGAUGGGGCAAUACUAAAAGUGCUGGACGGCGACAGCGUCGAACGGGCUCACGUUACUCGAACGUCCAGCUCGCUGAAGCACAAACUCCAAAUCUGAUGUCUCCGUACCGGCCUGUCAUGUUUGAACUGGAAGUGUUCAAUAAUGGCCGGGUGGAGGUGCGUCGCUAUGGUCAAUCACUACCGUUUCUAACGUUUAACGACAAUAAUCGCACUCCUGUUAACUACAUGGCGUUUGCCAAGUGGGAGAAAGAUUUAAUUUUCUUUUACGAUUGCCCAAGUAACUGAAGAAUUCGUACGAUUGAUUGCUGAAUGAUAAACACAAAUGAAAAUAAAAUAUUAAAAAUAAAA